AUGGUGGUCGACGUAGAUGCCGCUAGGGCAAAAAUUCCCGCCGACCCGACCAUCCCCCUACCGCCAGGGACGAAAGGGGCUCCCGAACCCGAGCCGGACCGGUACUCGCCGCGUUCGGUCACGGAGCAGCCGCCGCCAAUUGGACCAUUUCCAGAAAACGACUACAUGUAUCUGACCGUAGAGGACUUUUUGGCAGCCGACGAGAAAGAUGACGCCUUCCUGCAAAACAUUCCGCGCAACGAUUUUGCGGAAGCCGCCUUCGACAUCAACAAAGAGCUCGCCAAGAAGAACAGAUUGCUGAGGAUGAUGUGGGGUUUCCGGCAUCUGGACACGCUGGAGGCGAGAACGACCCGGAUUCAGUACCUGCGGGCGCUGCUCGACUUCAGGAGAUGGUGCUGCGCGAACCUUCCAAGACACCAAACCGCCAGAGUCAAGGGGGACGGCGUGCUGGAACACGAGGACGAGAUAGGGAGGUACAUCAACGAAGACAUGGGUGAUAAGUGGCACACCGCCAAGGGCGACCUACAAUGGAUGCACGGUCCCCGCGUCAACGCCACGCGGAUCAGGGCGUACAUUCUGUCAAUCGCGAGGCAGGAAGGUAUUGCAAAGGCGGAGGAGCUCGAGGAGCUGAAUCCCGACGUCCGUGUCCAGCCCCUGAAGCCGACAACCGUUUCGAUGCUGCUCAUCCGCAUCAAAGCGCUCCAGACGGCCUGCAAGGUCGAGGGGACGCUCUUCGGGGUGAAGGAGCUCCACAUCAUGUACGACAUCUCCGAGGUCCGCUCGGAGGUGCGCGCGAUGGUCAGAGAGAAGUGGCACAGGGACGACAGGGAUUGCGUCGACCGGCACCGCGGAACGCUCGGCGACACGUACACCACCGACCAGAUCCGCCACCUCAUGUUCAAGGUCUUGCCGACCUGGGCAGCUCGGGCGUACGAACCCAAGGCGGCCACCCCCUCCCAGACACUGUGGAAGUUUCUGCUGAUGAAGACGAUGACCCUCUUGGGUCACCACACCCUUCUCCGCGGAGGCAGUCUCCGAGCGAUCGAGCUCCCCGACCUGUUUUUGUACAGAAUGGGGAACGCGUCGCCCGAGCACUCCACGCGACGGCCGGUUGUCAUGGUCGUCGCGUCACGAAACUCCAAGACGAACAAGGAUGCUCGUCUGCAUCACAGCUACGCGGCGAGACACCUUGAGCAAGAGAUGUGCGCCGUCGGUCACACACUGUUGUGGCUGCACUUCGUGUACGACCAGCUGAGCCGCUCGCCCACCUCUCGAUGUGUGCCGCCCCUCGACUUCACAACUCCGUACAGCUGGUAUCACAAGCACCUCUUUCAUGCUCAGAACGACAAGGCACAAAAAGAGCUGCCGGCUUCAUCACAUUCUCGGAUCACGAAAGAGAUGUGGCGGACGAACAAGAUCUUCAUCACGCGCAACACCCACGCCGCCCGGGCGGGUGGGGCACAGGAGCUGGCCGACGACGGCGUUCCGCGAUCUGACAUCGCCGACUUGGGCCACUGGGUGCUCGACAAGCUCGCGAAGAGCUACAUCACGACCAUCCCGAAGGCGGCGGUGUUGAGAAAGGCCGGCUACACGGGCAAGCGCGGCGACUACCACCUCGGCCGGAGCAUGGUGAAGCCCGACGACAAGGUGGUGGCCCUCAUCGCCCAGCACAUCUUUCCGUGGGCGGAAGCGGAACUGGCCAAGGUGAGCAUUUCGAACGGCAAAAACGCCGACAGCGCGCCGACCAUUUCCACGACGACAUUCUACCGACGGCUGAUUGUGUUUGUGUUUGUGUUCGACUCGCAGGCGGUAAGGUGCGCAUCCGCGAGAGAGCCCAACACGGCCGGGGUGCACUUCCUGCAAUCGCUCAUCGAGUUCGGCCGCCGAAUCGUUGCCGAGGAUCUUGCGUGCAUGCUGAUGCGCGAACCGUGGCACCCGUACGUCAAGAGUUCCAAGCUCUGCCGCGACCCCGACUUCCAGAAAUGGGCCAAGGACGUCAACCGGGUGGACCUCGAAACCAUCGCGACGCGCAGCACGGCCGACGCCGACUGCGCCGGCACCGUCAAGGCCGAUGACCGCCGCGAGAAGGCAGCGUCCGUCAAGAUCGAGAAGGAACAGAACGAUGACCUGACGUACGAGCUCAACGUCGUGCAUCCCUGGCGCACAUCCAAGACGGUCGAGGCUGCAUGGCGCUGGUGGAACAACCCGUCCAACUUCGACUCGCGUCCGUUGCGCGAACGUUACGACGAGCACAGAUUCCUCGUCAGACACACGCGCAUGAUCUGCAAGGUCAAAAAGGGCGACAAACCCGCCGCGUCGGCGAAGUCGGCGAAGAGCUCUCGUCCCACGACCGAGGUGGGUGAGACGGGGAAAAACGAUGCGCUGCAGCACUGCGCUCGCCGGAUGAGGCGGAUCAUGGAAGCGGUGCACGACUUGCGGCGGAGCGACGACGCCGCUGACACCGCCGCCGUCAUCAAGCUACUCGAAAACCUGGGGCGAACGGGGCUUUCCACUUUCAGCGACGCGCUCUUGGUCCUCCGUGCAACCCCGCCCAUCAAGGUCCCCACCACAGCCGACGGAAAGUCGGUCGGCAUCAAGGGUCUGGACAAGCCGCUGGCGAGGAAGCUCGCCGUUGCGUGGGGCGUGGUCACGGCGGGCUACAUGGACGCUGACUGGGGAAAGAGGCUCUUCGGCGACUUGUGGGAUGAGAAGGCCAAUAAGGUCGGCUUGGAGGCCGAGGCGACGGCGGGAGCCAUCGGCGCAGGGAAGCGCAAGAGGGCGGGCUGA